GGGGUCGGGGCAGGGCCGGAAGGUGACCUGCAUCAUGGCCGCCGCGCCGCUGCUGCGAGACCGGCUGAGCUUCCUGCACCGGCUCCCGAUCCUCCUGAAGGGAACGUCCGACGACGACGUGCCGUGUCCGGGCUACCUGUACGAGGAGAUCGCCAAAAUCUCCCACGAGUCGCUGGGCAGCAGCCAGUGCCUCCUGGAGUACCUGCUGAACCGUCUACACAGCGGCUCUGGCCGCGUGAAGCUCAAGGUGCUGAAGAUCAUGCUGCACCUGUGUGGCCACGGCUCCUCCUCCUUCCUGCUCAUCCUCAAGCGCAACCCAGCCUUCAUCCAGGAAGCGGCAGGGUUCACGGGGCCCCCGGACCCUCUCCAUGGGAACAGCUUGUACCAGAAGGUGCGGGCGGCCGCCCAGGACUUGGGGAGCACCUUGUUCUCGGACACCCUGUCCCCUCCUCCCCCCUCCCAGCCUCCCAGGGCCCUGCCUCCCGCAGGCAUGGGCUCCCAGUCCCGGCCCCAGAGCGCCCUCCAGGGCUUCGGCUACAGCAAGGAGCCCGGUCCCACGGGUUCCACGGGGGGCGCCUUCCUCACCACCCUCCAGAAGGCCGCAGAGGCGGUGGCCAGCGCCGUGCGCCCUGGGCCCGGCGGCCCCGGCUCCCAGGGGCCCCAGCUGCAGGGGGACGCCUACCAGCCUGCUGUGACGCCUUGCGCCAGCCAUGGCCACCUCGCCCCUGGAGCCCUCCCGGGUGCCCGAGCCGCGAGACACCAGCCGGGACAGGCGGGCGGGGGCUGGGACGAGCAGGACAGCAGCCCCGGCUCUCAGGGUUCUUGCCAGGAGAACGGCCGGGGCAGGGCCUCGGGCUCGGGCACCUGGUCGGGCAGUGACAGCCCCUCGGGGGCCAGCGGGGCGCCCAGCGAGCAGGCUGAGAGGGUGGAGGCCAUGGCCCUGAGCGACUGCCAGCAGGAGCUGAGCCUGGUCCAGACGGUGACACAGGGGCCACACCCCUCCCUGAGCCCAGAGGAGGCUCAGCGCUUCAUCAAAGAGUGUGGGCUGCUCAACUGCGAGGCGGUGCUGGAGCUGCUGACCCGCCGCCUGGGCAGGCCCGGCGAGCAUGCGCAGAUGAGAGCCCUGGGUGCCAUCGCCGCCCUGGGGUGCACGGACCUGCUCUCCCAGGAGCACAUGCUGCUCCUCGCCCGGCCGUGCCUGCAGGAGCUCAGCGCCGGCAGCCCCGGGCCCGUGACCAGCAAGGCCACCAAGAUCCUGAGGCAUUUAGAAGCCUCCUGCCGACAGCAGGCCGCUGCCCGGAAGCCACUGGCCGAGCCCCGCCCCGCCGCCCCGCGUGUGGGUCCGGCUGACCUGCUGACGGACGCUGUGCCUCUCGCCGAGGGCCCCGAGUUCCUCCAGCCUCUGAGUUCAGCCCUGCCCUCCCCCAGGGGCCCUGCAGCCCCUCCCGCCCUGGGUGGGCGCCCCAUCCCAGCCCUCGGGGGCACCAGGAAGGCCGAGCCCAGACUAGCAGGUUCCAGAGACCAGGAGGCCAGACCCGAGCAGGGCCGGUCGGGCUCGGACGCUCUAAAUGGAGGACCGGCAUCGGGCCCAGGCCCCAGCGGCUGCCUGAGGGGCCCGGGGGCCAGCAGCGGCCACACGUCCUUGUUUGCUGGCAUGGAGCUGGUGGCCUGCCCCCGCCUGGUGGAGGCUGGGACUGGUGCCCAGGAGCCCCCACAGCCCCCGUGGACCUUGUCACACAGGGUGGCAGCCCCAGAGCCUCCUGGCUCAGAGCCGUCGGCUUUCGCCUUCUUGAACUCAUGACCCGGCUGACUGCGCACGGUCCCCUCCGCCCUCAGCCCGGCUCUGCGUCGGCCUCUCCCUCACCCUGAGGCCUCAGUGCGGGGAGCAGCCCAGCCAGGUGAGCACGGCGUGGACAAGCCGUCCAGGAAUGAGCAGGAGCCACGAGCUCGCCAGAACCACGUGGAGGCGGGGAGCAGCUGGCAGGACUCGUGGAGUGGGUGGGGUGCAGAGCCCCCCAGUGUCUGCAGGCCCAGGGGCUGAGCUCCUGCCUCACCGCCAUCUGGUCUGGCGACCUGAGCACUGUUUGUCCGCGGCAGAGGGGCCCCGCGGUCUCCCUGGAGGGCGGGGAAGGAGGGGGGCUGGUGAUUGAGCUCGGAGGCCAGACGCUGUCGAGCUGUCUCAUGGGGGACGUGUCCGGAGGGGCCAGGUGCAGACAGCCCGGCCACCCUGGGCUGCCUCGGUGCUCCCCCUCCUCCCAGAGGCUGGCUCUCCGGCCUGGGACUCCUGUGGCGCAGGGAGGCGGGCGGCAGGGCCUCGGGUCCCUUGGAGCCUCACCUGCCUUGCUCUCGGAAAGAAGUUUGUGUGGAUUUGAACCGCUGCUUGGAUCUCUGUUUGAGCUCAGAGCCCUCCCUCUGCAGGAGGCCAUGGGCAGCCACACCCCGGGCCCUGCCUGGGGCCAGCCCCCCGUGUGACCGCGGGCGCCCUCUGCCGUGGCUGCUUCCUGCAGAGUGUGCAGGGCGGCCUCGGGGAGCUUCCUAAAUAAACCGGUCGUCUCACUGA